AUGUGGGAGGCUCAGUUCAGAGACUUCGCAAACAACGGCCAGGUCAUUAUUGAUAAUUUCAUCGCCGCUGGCGAGACGAAAUGGCCUCACCGGUUUGGACUUGUCCUUUCGCUAACCCAUGGAUAUGAUGGGCAAGGUGCUGAGCACUCCUCUGCCCGUAUCGAGCGCUUCUUGAUGCUUUGUUCAGAAGAGGGAAGGCGAUAUUCGACGGAACCUGAGCGCGCCCACCAAGACGUCAACAUAGGUGUGGUGUAUAUGACAACACCUGCGAACUAUUUUCACGUUCUUCGACGGCAAAUGAAAAGACACUACAGGAAGCCUUUGGUUAUAUUCUUCUCCAAGUCUCUCCUCUGUCAUCUAUUGACUCGUUCUGAUAUGGCCGACUUCACAGGCUCGUCAACCUUCCAGCCGGUUAUUACAGAUCCUGAAUACGGCCAAUCCAUCGAGGAUUCGUAA